UCUCCGCACGGCACGCUGUGUGGUCCCGGGGAGCUCAGGGCCGGGAGCAUGAGGGGGGCUGUGGCGGGCGCUGUGGCCAUGCUGGGGCAGUUGCCACGGGUGCUACGCUGGGCCCUGGGGCUGGGCGUGGGCGCCCUGGGCACCGCCGUCCUGCUGCGCUGGGGCUUCCGGAGGAGGCUGGAGGCCAAGAUCGCCCAGGCCCUGGCUCAGCGAGAGCAGCAGCUGCGCCAGAUGGAGGCCACACUGCGGAGCUUCUGGCAGAAGCACCCUGACGCUUCUCCCAAGUCCAUUGUCUCUCUGUCACUGCUGGAGCUGACACAGAAACUCCAGGAGGGGACCCUGAGUCCCGAGCUUGUCCUCCACAGCUACCUGGAGCAGGCGGUCCGGACACAGCGGGAUCGGAACUGCCUCACAGGCUUCCCGUCCGACUGGGAGCAGCAGCUGCAGGAACUGCACCAGCGCCCGCACCGCGGGCCCUUGUACGGCGUGCCCGUCAGCCUGAAGGACAACUACCAGUGCCAGGGUGUGACGUCCACCUGUGGCCUGGUGGCCUGGAUGGACAGGCCGGCCAAGGAGGACUGUGUGAUCGCCAAGGUGCUGAAGAGCCAGGGGGCUGUGGUGUUUGCCAAGACCAACGUCCCGCAGGCCAUGAUGAGCUACAACAGCUUCAACCCCGUCUUCGGAUGGACUCUGCACCCCAAGGAUCCCCAGAAAAUGCCCGGGGGCUCGUCCAGUGGGGAAGCUGUGCUGAUCGCCUCCGGGGGCUCCAUCCUGGGCAUGGGCUCUGACCUGGGCGGCAGCAUCCGCCUGCCCGCCAGCCUCUGCGGGGUCUGUGGAUUCAAAGUCACAAGCGCCAGGCUAAGCUCGCUGGGGGUGCUGUCGGCGAUGCCAGGCCAGAGUACGGUCAUGGCUGCCCUGGGGCCCAUGGCCAGGGACGUGGACAGCCUGGUGCUGUGCCUGCGGGCGCUGCUGUGCGCCGAGCUCUUCCGGCUGGACCCCACGGUGCCCCCGCUGCCCUUCAACGACCAGCUGUACUCCUGCUCCGAGCCCCUGCGCAUCGGCUACUGCGAGGAGUUCGACAGCCUCAGCCCCACGCUGCCCUGCAUGAGGAGGGUCCUGCAGCAGAGCCGGGAGCUGCUCGAGAGGGCCGGGCACAAGGUCAUCCCUUUCUCCCUCCGACAGACGGACUCCAUGACUUUCCACUUCUUCUAUGGUGGCAUCCUAGCAGACGGACUGGAGACUUUGAGUGAGCUCUUGAGGGACGAGAAGCGCAGCCCUUCCCCGGGCCUCAUCCUGGAGCUGUGCCGGCUGCCCGUCUUCCUGAGGCGCCUCCUUUCUGUCCUGCUGCGUCCCUGGGUCCCGCGGCUGGCCAAGGUCAUGAAGAAGAGCGUGGGCCUCCGGUCGGUGAGGAAGCUGUGGGAGCUGCAGGUGGCUCUGAAGACGUACAAGCAUGAGGUCAUCCGCCAGUGGACGGCCCUGGAGCUGGACGUGCUGCUCUGCCCCUCGCCGUGCCCCGCCUACAACCUCUCCGCCAAGGACUUUCCCUUUGGGCAGUCAUCUUACACGUGUCUGUAUAACGUGCUGGAUUUCCCGGCGGGGACUCUCCCCGUGAGCACUGUGACUGAGGAGGAUGAGGCAGAGCUGCAACAGUUCUUUGUGCGCCGCGGUCGCUCUUCGAAUCAGGUCUUCGCCAGCAGCGUGGGGCUGCCCCUGUCCGUGCAGUGCGUGGCCUUGCCGUGGCAGGAGGAGAAAGCCCUGCGCCUGAUGAAGGAGGUGGAGACACUGAUGGGGGCUGCGGGGGAGCCCAGGCCCCCCAGGCCCCCAGUCUCGGUGUGAGGCAGCCCGCUGUGGCCUGUGGGGCCCCUUGGAUGACCAGGUUUAGAGACUCAGUCACAAAGUGCCAGGUCUGAAGAGCCUCAGUGGUGUUGCGAGGCUUCAAGAGGCUGCUGCCUUGCAUCUGUUCUGUGCGGCUGUGUGUCUGUAUCUUUGUGGCUGUUCUGUGCGGUUGUGUGUCUAUGCGACUGUGUGUCUGUGCAUCUGUGCAUCUGUGCAGCUUUGCGGCUGUUCUGUGUGUCUGAGAGUGUGGCUGUGUGGCUGUUCUGUUCUGUGGCUAUGCGGCUGUGCAGCUGUUCUGUGUGGCUGUACACUGUGGCUGUGCGACUGUCCCUACUCAGCACUGACCUGGCCCUGCGCCACCCAUCCGUGAAGGCGUGCCCACGCUGAUGCCGGCAGCGCCGUCCUCUCUCCGUCCCCGACACUCUCCGUCCAAACCAGAGGCUCCGGCUGAGACGCCUUGGGACAUGCCGGAGGGGCCGGGCGCCUGGCAGCCCCCACCAGGCAACAGAGACCGGGAAACACCAAGUUUGCCCACGGCAAUUCCAUUAGGGGAAUAUUAUCACUCAGAGACCCCGUGUCCCUGGUCGAGUGACCCGUCGCAAAUGAUUUCUCGGGUCAGGGACCCCAUGAGAGGCCCACGCUGGAGACGCAGCUCAGACUCCAGAGAACUUCCCCAGGGCACGGCUGUGUACCGCAGGCGGUGGCCGCUCAUGCCCACUCCCGCCGCUGACCCCAGACCCCGCAUGCCCACAGGCUCGCUGGUGGGCAGCUCUGCCCCUCCAGCUGGCUCGUGGGUCCUGUGGGCAGGGGGAGCUUCGCUUGGACAGAUUUCAAGCCAACUGCCAUCUUUCGGGCCCAGGCUCACACCUGCUGUUGAGGCCCAGGUUCUUGGAUGGCUCAUUUUGCCCACAGUGAAAUAAACUUGCUGAGAAGUUUCCACGACCGUGAUCCCUCGCCCCUGGCCGCAGGCGGCAGCGUCCAGCCGAGGGCCCUGAGGGUGUGGACACUCACAGCCUCGUCCCCGAGACCCCCAGGUGCCCCCAGAUCCU